AUGCUUGAGAUAUCAGGCAAUGUCUCCGUUUCUAUGUAUGAUGGAGAUAAAUUCACACUUCUGGAGGAUUUCAUCCAGGAGCAGUCUCAGGAGUCACCUCCUCAACAAAAACAACAGGGAGAUUCAUUGGCCACUCAACUUCAAGGUCUCUGGACAGAGCAAUCGAAUUGGGCACCUGGAGAUGGGUCAACUUCAAAAGCCUGUGCAACCCGGCCCCAGAGUUCAAGGGGCCCUUCCUAUACCUACAUGCGGAGGGUUCGAGAGCUCGAGGUCGAAGAAGCAACGAAAAGCGCGGUCACCCCUCCACUUGCGCAAUGGAAUAGUGUUAAACCGACCGUGUCAGCUCGCUCAGCUCAGGCAACGAUCAGCAAACUCCAACCGCCCUGGAUCCCUGACUUCGUUGGGCAAAUCGUCGAUCUCGGAAUAAUUGACGAUAGAAUGAAAGAGGAAAGCCAUAUCACUGUGAUCCGUGGGCCUGGGGGCACCGGGAAAUCUGCCUGUCACGAGCCCACCGUUGUCCCCAAGUACUCUACGCCCUCCACCCGAAUCGGGUGGACAGUAUAG